AUGAAUGAGGAAAUAAACAAGAAGAGAGAAACACUGAAGGAAAUUGAAGCUAAACUACAAAAGGACAAAGAAUUAAAGGAUCUGGAAAAGAUAAGCACGGACAUAAAUGAACAAAAACAAGAGUUGAAGAACUGCAGAGACCUUCUAGAACAAGAAAGAGGAGACAUUAAGAAUAAAUGGACACAAUUACAGCAGAGAAUUGAUGAAUUUGAGGAUAAAGUCAGAAAACAGAAGGAAGAGGAUAUAACAGAACAGAAGAAGAUGGAAGAAGAAAGAAAAAGUCUAGAAGAGACCAAAGCUGAGAUCCAGGAGUUAAAGACUAAAGCUGAGCAGGAACAUCAUGAUAUAAACCUAAAAACGCAAGAGUUAAACAUUUUGAAAGAACAGAUUUUGAAAGAAAAAGAGAAAGAAGAAGAAAUGAGAGUAAAAGCAAAGAUGGAGAGAGAAGAAAAGAAAACUAGAAUAGAUCAUGAGCAGAAGAAAAUGGAUGAUGACAGGAAGAUGAUUGAACACGAAAGAAAGGACCUGGAGAAGAUGAGGACUCAAAUAAUGACACAAAGACAGCAAAUGGAAGAAGACAUGAGAGAGGCAAUCCAACUAGAGAGAUCAGCACUUGACCAGAAAAUACAAGAGAUUGAUCUAGAAAAGAAAACAAUUGAAAAGAACAAAGAAAUAAUAAUAAAAUUAAUGGAUGAGGUGGAGGAACAGAGACAUGAUAUUACAAUCCAGAAAGAAGAGCUUGACCUUGAGAAACAAAAGAUCACAGAUGAAAGGGAUAUUCUGGCUGAAAGAAAGAAUAAACUGCAAAAUGAAGUUGAACGAAUCAGAUAUAUGGAGGAGGAAAUAAAGAAGGAAAGAGAAAAACUGAAGGAAAUGGAAGCUCAUCUACAAAUGGACAAAGAAUUAAUUGAAAGUGUCAUUGAAGAAACAAAGAGACAAAAAGAGGAUCAGGAAAAAACAAGAACAAACACAAAUAAACAAGAAGAAGAGCUGAGGAAAAACAGAGACCUUCUAGAACAGGAAAGAGAAGAAAUUAAUAAUAAAUGGACACAAUUACAGCAGAGAAUUGAUGAAUUUGAUGCUCAAGUCAGAAAACAGAAGGAAGAGGAUAUACCAGAACAGAAGAAGAUGGACAAAGAAAGAAAAAGUCUAGAAGAGACCAAAGCCGAGAUCCAGGAGUUAAAGACUAAAGCUGAGCAGGAACAUCAUGAUAUAAACCUAAAAGCACAAGAGUUAAAGAUAUUGAAAGAACAGAUUUUGAAAGAAGAAGAGAAAGAAGAAGAAAUGAGAGUAAAAGCAAAGAUGGAGAGAGAAGAACUUGAUCAGAUAAAGAGUGACCUGGAGAGAGAGAAAACUGAAAUAUUUCAUGAGCGGAAGAAAAUGGAUGAUGACAGGAAGAUGAUUGAACAGGAAAGAAAGGACCUGGAGAAGAUGAGGACUCAAAUAAUGACACAAAGACAGCAAAUGGAAGAAGACAUGAGAGAGGCAAUCCAACUAGAGAGAUCAGCACUUGACCAGAAAAUACAAGAGAUUGAUCUAGAAAAGAAAACAAUUGAAAAGAACAAAGAAAUAAUUAAAAAAUUAAUGGAUGAGGUGGAGGAACAGAGACAUGAUAUUACAAUCCAGAAAGAAGAGCUUGACCUUGAGAAACAAAAGAUCACAGAUGAAAAAGAUAUUCUGGCUGAAAGAAAGAAUAAACUGCAAAAUGAAGUUGAACGAAUCAGAUAUAUGGAGGAGGAAAUAAAGAAGGAAAGAGAAAAACUGAAGGAAAUUGAAGCUAAACUACAAAAGGACAAAGAAUUAAGUGAGCGUGAAGAAACAAAGAGACAAAAAGAGGAUCUGGAAAAGAUGAGCACGGACAUAAAUGAACAAAAACAAGAGUUGAAGAACUGCAGAGACCUUCUAGAACAAGAAAGAGGAGACAUUAAGAAUAAAUGGACACAAUUACAGCAGAGAAUUGAUGAAUUUGAGGAUAAAGUCAGAAAACAGAAGGAAGAGGAUAUAACAGAACAGAAGAAGAUGGAAGAAGAAAGAAAAAGUCUAGAAGAGACCAAAGCUGAGAUCCAGGAGUUAAAGACUAAAGCUGAGCAGCAACAUCAUGAUAUAAACCUAAAAACGCAAGAGUUAAACAUUUUGAAAGAACAGAUUUUGAAAGAAAAAGAGAAAGAAGAAGAAAUGAGAGUAAAAGCAAAGAUGGAGAGAGAAGAAAAGAAAACUAGAAUAGAUCAUGAGCAGAAGAAAAUGGAUGAUGACAGGAAGAUGAUUGAACACGAAAGAAAGGACCUGGAGAAGAUGAGGACUCAAAUAAUGACACAAAGACAGCAAAUGGAAGAAGACAUGAGAGAGGCAAUCCAACUAGAGAGAUCAGCACUUGACCAGAAAAUACAAGAGAUUGAUCUAGAAAAGAAAACAAUUGAAAAGAACAAAGAAAUAAUAAUAAAAUUAAUGGAUGAGGUGGAGGAACAGAGACAUGAUAUUACAAUCCAGAAAGAAGAGCUUGACCUUGAGAAACAAAAGAUCACAGAUGAAAAAGAUAUUCUGGCUGAAAGAAAGAAUAAACUGCAAAAUGAAGUUGAACGAAUCAGAUAUAUGGAGGAGGAAAUAAAGAAGGAAAGAGAAAAACUGAAGGAAAUGGAAGCUCAUCUACAAAUGGACAAAGAAUUAAUUGAAAGUGUCAUUGAAGAAACAAAGAGACAAAAAGAGGAUCAGGAAAAAACAAGAACAAACACAAAUAAACAAGAAGAAGAGCUGAGGAAAAACAGAGACCUUCUAGAACAGGAAAGAGAAGAAAUUAAUAAUAAAUGGACACAAUUACAGCAGAGAAUUGAUGAAUUUGAUGCUCAAGUCAGAAAACAGAAGGAAGAGGAUAUACCAGAACAGAAGAAGAUGGACAAAGAAAGAAAAAGUCUAGAAGAGACCAAAGCCGAGAUCCAGGAGUUAAAGACUAAAGCUGAGCAGGAACAUCAUGAUAUAAACCUAAAAGCACAAGAGUUAAAGAUAUUGAAAGAACAGAUUUUGAAAGAAGAAGAGAAAGAAGAAGAAAUGAGAGUAAAAGCAAAGAUGGAGAGAGAAGAACUUGAUCAGAUAAAGAGUGACCUGGAGAGAGAGAAAACUGAAAUAUUUCAUGAGCGGAAGAAAAUGGAUGAUGACAGGAAGAUGAUUGAACACGAAAGAAAGGACCUGGAGAAGAUGAGGACUCAAAUAAUGACACAAAGACAGCAAAUGGAAGAAGACAUGAGAGAGGCAAUCCAACUAGAGAGAUCAGCACUUGACCAGAAAAUACAAGAGAUUGAUCUAGAAAAGGACAACAUUGAAAAGAACAAAGAAAUAAUAAAAAAAUUAAUGGAUGAGGUGGAGGAACAGAGACAUGGUAUUACAAUCCAGAAAGAAGAGCUUGACCUUGAGAAACAAAAGAUCACAGAUGAAAAAUAUAUUCUGGCUCAAAGAAAGACUGAACUGCAAAAUGAAGUUAAACGAAUCAGAUAUAUGGAGGAGGAAAUAAAGAAGGAAAGAGAAAAACUGAAGGAAAUGGAAGCUCAUCUACAAAAGGACAAAGAAUUAAUUGAAAGUGUCAUUGAAGAAACAAAGAGACAAAAAGAGGAUCUGGAAAAGAUGAGGACAAACAUAAAUGAACAAAAACAAGAGUUGAAGAAUUGCAGAGACCUUCUAGAACAGGAAAGAGAAGAAAUGAAUAAUAAAUGGACACAAUUACAGCAGAGAAUUGAUGAAGUUGAUGCUCAAGUCAGAAAACAGAAGGAAGAGGAUAUAACAGAAAAGAAGAAGAUGGAAGAAGAAAGAAAAAGUCUAGAAAAAUCCAAAGCUGAGAUCCUAGAGGUGAAAACUAAAGCUGAGCAGCAACAUCAUGAUAUAAACCUAAAAACACAAGAGUUAAACACACUGCAAGGACAGAUUAUGAAAGAAAAAGAGAAAGAAGAAGAAAUGACAGUAAGAGCAAAGAUGGAGAGAGAAGAACUUGAUCAGAUAAAGAGUGAACUGGAGAGAGAGAAAACUGAAAUAGAUCAUGAGCAGAAGAAAAUGGAUGAUGACAGGAAGAUGAUUGAACAGGAAAGAAAUGACCUGGAGAAGAUGAGGACUCAAAUAAUGACACAAAGACAGCAAAUGGAAGAAGACAUGAGAGAGGCAAUCCAACUAGAGAGAUCAGCACUUGACCAGAAAAUACAAGAGAUUGAUCUAGAAAAGGACACAAUUGAAAAGAACAAAGAAAUAAUUCAAAAAUUAAUGGAUGAGGUGGAGGAACAGAGACAUGAUAUUACAAUCCAGAAAGAAGAGCUUGACCUUGAGAAACAAAAGAUCACUGAUGAAAAAGAUCUUCUGGCUGAAAGAAAGAAUAAACUGCAAAAUGAAAGUGUAAAAAUCAGAUACAUGAAUGAGGAAAUAAACAAGAAGAGAGAAACACUGAAGGAAAUUGAAGCUAAACUACAAAAGGACAAAGAAUUAAGUGAGCGUGAAGAAACAAAGAGACAAAAAGAGGAUCUGGAAAAGAUAAGCACGGACAUAAAUGAACAAAAACAAGAGUUGAAGAACUGCAGAGACCUUCUAGAACAAGAAAGAGGAGACAUUAAGAAUAAAUGGACACAAUUACAGCAGAGAAUUGAUGAAUUUGAGGAUCAAGUCAGAAAACAGAAGGAAGAGGAUAUACCAGAACAGAAGAAGAUGGAAGAAGAAAGAAAAAGUCUAGAAGAGACCAAAGCUGAGAUCCAGGAGUUAAAGACUAAAGCUGAGCAGGAACAUCAUGAUAUAAACCUAAAAACACAAGAGUUAAACAUAUUGAAAGAACAGAUUUUGAAAGAAAAAGAGAAAGAAGAAGAAAUGAGAGUAAAAGCAAAGAUGGAGAGAGAAGAACUUGAUCAGAUAAAAAAUGAAUUGGAGAGAGAGAAAACUAGAAUAGAUCAUGAGCAGAAGAAAAUGGAUGAUGACAGGAAGAUGAUUGAAAAGGAAAGAAAGGACCCGGAGAAGAUGAGGACUGAAAUAAUGACACAAAGACAGCAAAUGGAAGAAGACAUGAGAGAGGCAAUCCAACUAGAGAGAUCAGCACUUGACCAGAAAAUACAAGAGAUUGAUCUAGAAAAGAAAACAAUUGAAAAGAACAAAGAAAUAAUUAAAAAAUUAAUGGAUGAGGUGGAGGAACAGAGACAUGAUAUUACAAUCCAGAAAGAAGAGCUUGACCUUGAGAAACAAAAGAUCACAGAUGAAAAAGAUAUUCUGGCUGAAAGAAAGAAUAAACUGCAAAAUGAAGUUGAACGAAUCAAAUAUAUGGAGGAGGAAAUAAAGAAGGAAAGAGAAAAACUGAAGGAAAUGGAAGCUCAUCUACAAAUGGACAAAGAAUUAAUUGAAAGUGUCAUUGAAGAAACAAAGAGACAAAAAGAGGAUCAGGAAAAAACAAGAACAAACACAAAUAAACAAGAAGAAGAGCUGAGGAAAAACAGAGACCUUCUAGAACAGGAAAGAGAAGAAAUUAAUAAUAAAUGGACACAAUUACAGCAGAGAAUUGAUGAAUUUGAUGCUCAAGUCAGAAAACAGAAGGAAGAGGAUAUACCAGAACAGAAGAAGAUGGACAAAGAAAGAAAAAGUCUAGAAGAGACCAAAGCCGAGAUCCAGGAGUUAAAGACUAAAGCUGAGCAGGAACAUCAUGAUAUAAACCUAAAAGCACAAGAGUUAAAGAUAUUGAAAGAACAGAUUUUGAAAGAAGAAGAGAAAGAAGAAGAAAUGAGAGUAAAAGCAAAGAUGGAGAGAGAAGAACUUGAUCAGAUAAAGAGUGACCUGGAGAGAGAGAAAACUGAAAUAGAUCAUGAGCGGAAGAAAAUGGAUGAUGACAGGAAGAUGAUUGAACAGGAAAGAAAUGACCUGGAGAAGAUGAGGACUCAAAUAAUGACACAAAGACAGCAAAUGGAAGAAGACAUGAGAGAGGCAAUCCAACUAGAGAGAUCAGCACUUGACCAGAAAAUACAAGAGAUUGAUCUAGAAAAGGACAACAUUGAAAAGAACAAAGAAAUAAUUCAAAAAUUAAUGGAUGAGGUGGAGGAACAGAGACAUGAUAUUACAAUCCAGAAAGAAGAGCUUGAACUUGAGAAACAAAAGAUCACAGAUGAAAAAUAUCUUCUGGAUCAAAGAAAGACUGAACUGCAAAUUGAAAGUGUACAAAUCGGAUACAUGAAUGAGGAAAUAAAGAAGGAGAGAGAAACACUGACGGAACCUCGUCUACAAAAGAACAAAGAAGAAACUGAGAGUGUCAUUGAAACGGGGAGACGAAAAGAAGAUCUGGAAAAGAUGAACACAGAUUUAAGUAGACAAAAACAAGAGUUGAAGAACUGCAGAGACCUUUUAGAACAAGAAAGAGAAGAAAUAAAUCAUAAAUGGGCACAGUUACAACAGAGAAUUGAUGAAUAUGAGCAGUCAAAGACUGAGUCCAUAAGGAACAUUCUGGAGGUCAGCAGACAAGAAGGAGAAAAGAACAAAAUGGAAGAAAAACUUAAACAGGCCAACCAGGAAUAUGAAAGUGUCAUAGAAGAAACAAACAAGAGAAGGAAUGAACUAGAGCAAAUUAUGUUUGAUAUAUCUCUUGAAAAUCAAGAGAUUGAGACCAAGAAAGAUAUUUUGGAGAAAGAGAGAAAUAACAUCAAAAAGGAAAGAGAAGAGUUACAGAGACAAGCUGAUGAUCUGGAGAUGCAUAUGACAAAACACAGAGAAAAAGAAGAGAUGAGUAAAAUAUCAAUGGAUGAUGAGAAGAAGCUUCUUGAGCAGAAAGCUGAUGAAAUUUUAAGACAGAAAGAUGAACUGGAGAAAGAAAAAGAGGACAUAAUGAAGAAGUGGAAUGAGCUGGACAUUCUUCAGAAGGAAUUACAAAAACAAAGAGAUGAAACAGAAGAAAUCAAAAAUGAGUUACAGAUUGAAAAGAAUAGACAGCAGCACAGACUGGAGAAGAGUUUAAGAGCCAUGAAUAAGGAGAAGAAAGAUCUGGAGAACAUGAGGAAUGAAUCUGAAACACACAGACAACAAAUGGAAGAGAUGAGAGUAAAAGCAAAGAUGGAGAGAGAGGAACUUGAUCAACUGAUGUCCCAAAUAUUGAUGGAACAAAAUAAAACUGAAAUGAGCAAGGAAAUGAUAGAUAGUCUAAAGAAGGAAAUGGAGCAAACAAAAGCCAAAAUAAACGCUAAAGAGGAGGAAAUCAAACUGGAAAAGCAAAUAGUGCAAAAUGAGAGGAAAGAUCUAGAGCAGUUCAAGGCUGAAAUCAAGAGACAGGCUGAAGAAAUAAAGACCAUAAAAGAGCAGACCCAUCAACUAGAAAAAGAGAAAGAAGCAUCUGAAACAUUAAAGGAGGAACGUUUACCCAAACAACUUGCUCAACAGAAGUCAGAAGAAACAGUAUCUCAAGGAAAACCGAUACAAAUAGAUGAAGUCAACAGACUCUUGUUUGAGAUUCAAAGGGAAAGGGAGGAACUUGAAAGAAACAAAAACAUCUUGGAACAUCAGAGGGAGGCACUGGAAGAGAUGAAGAGUAUACAACCAACACAGAGACCGGAAAUCAUUUCGAUUAGUUCUGCAACACAAACAUCUGAUCUAGAUUACAUACCUGUAGGAGACAUUUCAACCCCUCAGGAAGAGAUUGUUGAGGAACACACAGACAUUCAUAAGGGAUAUAGAACUUUCAUAACAAGAGAGAAGGAAGAUCAACUAGAAAGAAUAAGAGGUCAGGAAGACAUGGAGCUCAAACUGAGAAGUGAAGAAACCGAAAUGGAGGCAAGCCGAGAGGACACAACACCUACAAGUGAAUAUAAAUAUGUACCAGAUCCAUCCAUGGUAGUAAAGUUGGAGUUCAAUAAAGAUGAAACCGAAGGCCUUACUGAGAUGCUGAAGACUGAAAGAAGAGAACUAGAAAAGACAAAACUUAUUUUACAGAGAGACCAGAAAGAGAUCAAGAAAAUGAGACAAGACAUUGACAGAGAGAAGAAAGAUCUAGAGAAAUAUAGAGCCACUCUUGAGAAACAAUAUGAAGAGAUGGAGAUAUGCAGACAGAAUAUGGAAAAUGAAAGAUCUGAGUUAGAAAUGACUCAAGAAAAAAUAGAGAUGGACAUACAAAAUAUUCUAAUGGAGACCAAGAGCAAAGAGGAGAGAAUAGAAAACAUGGAAGUUCAACUUCAAGAACAGAAGAGAGAAAUGGAAACCAUCUCAUAUGAGAUAAAACAGAGACAAGAGGAGUUGGACUUCAUAAACACAGAAAUAAAAAGAAAGAGACGUGACAUUGGGGAUGCCAAAGGAAUGGAGGAACAUGAGUUAUUUGGCAUGCUUACAGAAAGAGAGGAGACUGUAAAUAGACACAUGGAGGAAAUACAGAACCAAAAAGAGGCAUUACAAAAGGAGAGGGAUGAAGUAGAAAAAAUACACGCUGGGCUGCAGAGGGAGAAAAUGGAAAUUGAGAUGUGUCAAGCAAUGUUGAACUCAGAAAAAAAUGAGCUAAAUAGAAUGAGAGUCGAUCUGGAGACACAAAAAGAGGAGUUUGAGGGUAUGCAACAAAACAUGGAGACUGAAAAAGAUGAGCUGGAAUCAAGGAAAGCAGAGGACACAGAGAGCCUUUUGGAGGACAUUCUUAAAGAAAAGGAAAGGGUAGAAAAAAUAGCAGCCCAACUUUCCAAAGAACAAGAAGAGGUUAAAAUUAUUAGGAAUGAAACAAAUAAACGGAUGGAGGAGAUUAAACGGAUUGAGGAGGAAAUUAAAACAAAGCAAGUAGAAAUGGAGCACAUUGAAGAACUGAAAGAAAAAGAUGAACAAAAAAACAUGAAAGCGGCUGAAAAUCAAGAGCUUCAGCUGAGAAGAGUAGAAUUAGAAAAAAUGAAGACUGAAAUUGACAUUGAAAGAGGAGAAAUUCAGAAAAUGCGAAAAGAGUGUGAGAGAGAAAAACAUGAACUGAAGCAAAUCAUAACAGACUUGCAGAAAGAAAAAACACAGAAAACAGAUGCAGAAGUGCAAUAUGAUGAAACACAUGAUGUUAUGGACUCAUUGAAAGAAGAGAAAGAAGAAAUAGAAAGGAUGAAAGCUGACCUCCAGAAUGAGCAGAGAGAAAUUGAAACAAUAAGGGACAUUAUUAAAAGAGAGAAGGGUGAGCUAGAACACAAGAAAGCUGAAAUGCUGCAAAUGACUGCAGAAAUAAGGGACGCGGACAGUGACAGGAACUUACAAGAUGAAAUGAUGAAGAUUGAAGCAAUCCUCAAAGAAACCAAGAGACAGAAAAAUGACCUAGAACAGGUGAAUGAGAAUUUGAUCAGGGAAAAAACAGAGAUGGAAAGCAACUGUCAGAUACUAGAAAGAGAAAAAACAAAACUGGAGACAAGAUUACAGGAUUUGGUGAAUGAACUGAAUAUUAAGUUGAAGGAAUUAGAAGCUCUUCAAAAGUCCCAGAUGGAGGAGAGAGAGAAGAAAACUCAGGAGAAAUUGGCUAUGGAAAAGAGCGAGCUAGAACAACAGAGGUUUAAAAUGUACAAACAAGCACAACAACUGGAAUACAUUGGGGAAGCUUCAGAAAGGAAGUGGGAUGAGACACAGGUAGCCACUGAAAGGACCAAACAUGAUGAAGAGAACAGGCAAAUCUUGAAAAUUGAGAGAGAGGAGGUCACACACCUGAAAGAUCAAUUACUGAAAGAGAAAGAGGAUGUUGAAACCACCAAAGAGAGAAUUAACAGAGAGAUGGAACAUAUUGAAAAGAUGCAAACCCAGUUAGAUGACCAAAAAGAAGAAAUAGAGCUUGAAAAACAAAAAAUAGAAGACAUAAGAACUGAGAUUCAAGACAAGACAAAUGCUCUCGAGAAAAGUAUGCAGGACAUACAAAAAGACAGGGAAAAUAUGAAUGCUUUAGUAAUCCAACAACAAAAAGAAAGAGAAGAGAUGGAUAUACUAGCAGAAGAAAACAAAAGAAAAGAGGAGCGUGCAGAAGCUGAGAUUAGAAGACAGCUAGAGGACAUAGAAAAUGUCAAGGUCAGGUUGGUAAAAGAGAGGGAACAAAUUGAUCGGAUGAAUGCAGAAAUACAGACUAAAAGCAAAGAACUAGAGAAAACAAUCAGAAAACAGCAAGAGGAGAUUAAAAUCAAAGAGAAUGACAUGCAAAUAGAAAGAAAGGCUUUGGAGAAAAUGAAUGUUGAGCUAGAAAGGAAAACCACUGAAAUAGAAAACAAGAGGGAGAAAGUAACUCUCUGGGAAGCAAAUAUACAGAAACAGAAAAAUGAGGUAGACGAGCUAAAGAACAUCUUAGAAAGAGAGAAAAGUGAACUUGACAGAGAGAAAGCUGAAGUACAACAAGAAAAACAAGAGAUGGAAAACAUUCUGAAAACCACCAAGAGUGAGAUGGAAGACCUGAAGCAACUGAGGAAUGAAAUGGAGGAAGAGAAGAAAGACAUGCUGGACAGACUGUCAAUGGAAAAACAUGAAAUGGAUCAACUAAAAACUGAGUUACAGUUGGAGAAGGAGAGCGUUGAAGAGGACAAGAUGAUGUUGAAGCAAUUGAUGAAUGAAAUAGAAAAUAAAAGAUCUCAACUGUACAGUGACACAGAGAAGAUGAACAUGGACCAACUAAAUAUUCAAAAAGAGAAAGACUCCCUGGAGGAAAUCAAGGCUGAUUUACUAAGAAAGGCUGAAAAACUUAAUGAGGAAAUGAGAAAAACAGAACAAACCACCUAUCAAAUCAUCAAAGACAAAGAGGACACUCGAAAGAGUCUGGACGACAUGAAGAGGAAGGAAGAAGAGCUCAGUACUGUGCAUGCUGACAUUGAAAGGCAGACAAAGCUUCUGGAAUCUGAUCUACUGCUACUUCAGACACAAAAAGAGAGCUUGGAGAAGAGCAAAGAAGAGAAUGAGACGCUCAGAGAAGAUCUUGAAAAACAAAGAGAAAAUAAUGACUUGACAAUGCAAGAACUGCACAAAGAAAGACUGGCCUUAGAACAGAUGAUAACUGACAUAACACAGCAGAAAGACACAUUGGCAAACACACAGAAUGAAAUAAGACUUAAAGAACAUGCACUGAAAAACAAAGAAAGAGAACUUGACACACAAAAAAAAGAUAUGGAUAACCUAAGAAACAUUGUUAUGGCUGAGAAAAAGCAGCUGGAAAUGAGACAAAAUGUUAUAAAUCAACAGCAGCGGGAGGUUGAUGACUUGAUUGCAGAAAACAGAAAAAUGAGAAAUGAUCUAGAGAGCAUGAAAACCCAUCUGGAACAAGAGAGACGGCAACUGCAGGAAAACAUAAAAACAUUUGAAGACCAGAAGAAUGUUCUUGAUCAAAUCAAGGUUGAUGCAGUGCAACAGACUGAUGAGCUUGAGAAAAUCACAACAGAUACAAAGAGGGAAAAGGAACAUCUUGGAAUGGAAAGAGAAGAGAUUGAUGCUUUAAAGAAGGACAUGCUCAUCGACAAUGAAAAUAUGCAGACAGAACGAGACAAGCUUAAUGAUGCUAUUCAAAAGGACAGAGCAGAGAUUGAAAACAGCAAAAAGAGCAUUGAUAGUGAAAAACGUCAUAUCGAAAUGGAUAGAGCUGCUUUAAACAGACUGAAGGAAGAGGUUGAAGUCAGCGAACAAAGAGUACAGCGCGAGAGAACUUUGCUGCAACAAGAUAAAGACAUGAUACAGAAAGAAAAAGAGGACAUGGAACGCAUUAUAGAAGAAAAAAUUAGAACAACAGAGGAACUGGAUCACCUCAAAGAGCAUAUAAACAGAAAAUUAUCCGAACUGGAGACGUUAAAAAUGGAGAUUAAAGUAAAGAGACAGGAAGCAGAAGUUCAUUACUUACCAGGAGAGAUGAAAACAGAAGACUACUCAAAGAAGGAUGCUGAUGUCCUAAGUGAGGCACAAAAAGCAGAUGAAACGCAUAAAUAUCAACUGAAGACCAUCUCAAUAGAUGCUGAAACGCAAACGGAAGACAUUAAGAAAAUAGAUGAUAGCAGACAAAAGGUAUUAAAAGAAGAAACAGCUGCAACAAAGACAAAACAACCAACUGUGACAAAGUUAGAGGACACGCACACAUCUGAGGUGCAAGAAAUAAGGGAAUCUUUAAGUAAAGAAAUGGAAGAUUUGGAGAGAAUGAAGACAAUGAUGAAAAAGGAGAGAGAUGAACUGGAACAAGCUAAAACUGACAUUCAAAGGAGGAUGGAAGACUUUGAGAGAAAUAUGGAGGAAACCAUGAAGAAAAGGUCAAGAAAUGAAGAAAAACUGCUACAACGUACACAAGACAAGGAGGAUUUAUCAAAAACCCUUGAUGAGAAAAAUAAAGAAAUAGAAAUUGUCACAGAAUCAUUCAUGAGAAAGAUGGGACAACUGGAAAAGACUAUAGCUGCAAUGGAAAAACAGAAGGAAGCAUUUGAAAAUGAGUUGCUUCGACAAAAACAAAAUGAACAGGAGAGACUAAAAAUCCAGAGACAGACAGAUGAUACUUCCAGAAAGAAAGUCACAUUCAAAGACACUAGAGAGGAGAAAAAGACAGACCAAGAAAGCAAAGCACAAACCUCUAAAACUGAGGGAGAAGUUCUCCAGCUAAUGGAUGACACAACCCUAGAACAAGAUGAGCUAAACAACAUGCGAGUUGAAUUACAGAGGCAACGUGAUGAAAUGGAGAACAAAAUGAAGAUCACACAAACUGACCUCCUUGAGCUGGACAAGGCAAAAGAAGACCUGCAUAAAGUGAGGGAUGAAUGUAGAACUGCUGAACAAGAAAAGUCAGUGAUCUUGGAGAGUCUUGAGAGAAGUAGGAACAGUUCGGAGAAGGUUCAAGCCGAGGUCUUAAGACUUACAGAGGAGAUUGAGCAUCUCACACAAAGCUGUGAAAGCAAACGAAGAGAACUGCAACAAAUAGAGAGUGGCAUACAAAGACAGAUGAAGAGGACUCAACAAGAAACUGAUAUCCAGAGCCAACUAGAAAACCAAGAAGUGGUAGAGACUCAAACAAGUACAGAAGACAUUAAGCACAGGAGAACCCAAGAGACACAAACUGGAGACCAAGAAAGAGAUGCUCUACCACACUAUGAAGAGAUAGGUGCAAUGAAAAGGAGAAUACAUGAAAUGAAAGGUGAACUAGAGAACAAAUUACAAGACAUCCAGAGAAAGGAACUGGAAAGAAUAGGCAUGCAAAGAGAAAAACUUGAGUUGGAGCUACGGAAAGCUGAGAUAGAAAGAUAUAAUGAAGCCCUCCGGCAUGAGAGAGAAACCGACAGACUCAAGCUCAUGGAAAAGGAGAAGGAAAUACUUAUUUUAAGGGAGUGCAUGCUGAUAGAGAUCAAUCGACUGAAGAGCAAAGAGACAGAAACAAGUACACAGCGCUUGGAGAUGAUGGAGCGCCUCGUCGGUGAUGCAGCGGUAAGGAUGGACCGAUUCAGACGGGUUACGGAUAGAGCCGUGCAAACCCUGAUGUUGGAAGGAGAUGGAGAGCAGUUUGGAAGAGCUGAGAGAGUGACGACAGAUCAGGUGGAAAGUGACAGUGGAAGGGUGGAGAUUUCUGAGAUUUCUCUGGAUGUCCUGAGUGAGGACAGGGAGGAAGAAUCCCAGAGUGGGGGCGUGGCUGGACCAACUUCACGGAGAUUGAGGCUAUUGCACUGGAUCAGACGGUGCUGCUGUCCCAGAAAUGCUAGAAACACUGUAGAGGACACAGAGGACAUUUUAUAAACGCAGGUCUUGUUCAUUAAGGCAGUCUUCACAUGGAAUUUGAAUGAAAAUGAGAAGCACUUUCUUAACAAGUACAAUGUAUUUUUAUCUGUAUAUUAUAUGUAGUGUUCAG